AUGGAGGUGGAGCCAUCGGACACCGUCCGCGACGUGAAGGCCAAGAUACAUGACCGGCAGAAGAUCAUCUUUGAAGGCAAACAGUUACCUGGCUAUGGCACACUUGCUGAUCACAACAUUCGUAACGAGUCCACCCUGCAGGUGGAUCUCUGCCCCCCAUCCCCAAAGCAGGGGAGCAUGCAGGUCUUCGUGAGGGCGCCCUCCACCAAGACGAUCAAGCUCAAGAUACGGCCAUCUUACACGAUUGGCGAUGUGAAGGCGAUGGUUCAGAACCAGCAGAGGCUCUUCUUCGGUGGCGACCAGCUUCAGGAUGGGCGGACUUAG